GUUUGCGGUACCACGUAUAUGUUUGUAUCUGGCUCAAUUCUUUUACUUACAGUAUUAUUAAUCGUCUUUUAUUCCAAGUGUGUGAAAGAUUCAAUUAAUAAGUUAAGCAAGCAACAAAAUGAAAUUGCAGAAGUUAAAAUAAUCAUAGAGGACCAAAAUACCUCCGUACGUCAACAAAAGAGAAUAGGAAUCGAUGAGAAUAAUCUAAAUGAAGAGUUCAACAAGCUACGCCAUGAACUUAUUACAACCGUCUUUUAUGAAUCGAGAUUCGCUGCACGAGGCAAUGAUCUAAAUGAAAAAUAUGAGCAUCAGCUAUACAUCAUCGAUCAACAUGAGAAAUUAACUGUUGCUGAGAAAGUUGAAACCAAACGCCGAAUUACAUUUGAUAAGGAUUUUCGGAACUUGCUUUUUCUUAAGGGCCCAAAAUAUAAAUGUGCACUGUGUGGACGGUCUGGAUAUACAAAUUAUACAUGCGAGCACUGUUCGCGUGAUGUACUAAAAUCCGAGUUUGUAAAUUGGUCAUCUGGGAAUGAAGUAAUUGAUGAAGCCAUCAGGAAAUCUCAAAUGAUUCUUCCGUUACCUGGUUGGAUACAGGAAUGGAUUCCAUUUUCAGAACUCGAAAAUAUGAAAUACAAGACCAGAGGUGG